AUGAAGAAGAAAGAUACUCAAAGAAAAGGUAAAGCUGGUUCCGUGUUUGGUGCCCACACCCACGGCCGCAAGGGUUCCCCAUCCUUCCGCGCACUCGACUAUGCCGAGCGUAACGGAUACAUCAAGGGAGUGGUCUCUGAGAUCAUCCACGAUCCAGGCAGAGGAGCCCCACUUGCCCGUGUCAUCUUCAGAGACACCACCAGAUUCAGAAACGACAAGCAGUUGUUCAUCGCCCCCGAGGGAAUGUACACCGGCCAGUUCGUCUUUGCCGGCAAGAAGGCCACCCUGACCAUCGGCAACGUCCUCCCAAUCGGCAAGCUCCCAGAAGGUACCAUCGUCUGCAACCUCGAAGAGAAGGUUGGCGACUGUGGUUCGCUCGCCCGUUGCUCCGGAAACUACGCCACCGUCGUCUCCCACAACACUGACGAGGGUGUCACCCGUGUCAAGCUCCCAUCCGGCUCCAAGAAGAACAUCGCCUCCACUUGCCGUGCUAUGAUCGGUAUCGUCGCUGGUGGUGGUCGUAUCGACAAGCCAAUCCUCAAGGCCGGUCGUGCCUUCCACAAGUACAGAGUCAAGAAGAACAACUGGCCCAAGGUGCGUGGUGUUGCUAUGAACCCAGUCGAGCAUCCACACGGUGGUGGUAACCAUCAGCACAUUGGUCACGCUUCGACCACUAAGCGCGACGACCCAGCCGGAAAGAAGGUUGGUCUCAUUGCUGCCCGCAGAACCGGUAGAUUGAGAGGAAAGGUUUCCGAUGAGUAA